CAGCAGGUGCCCUUCCAACAACGUCUGAUCUGCUCCUUUUCUUUAACAAAACAUCACAUUUUUUCUAUAGACCUUAAGCGCGCGUGUGUCGCGUAUAAAUUUUUAAUGCCCUACACGAAAGAAAACAAAUAACGUAGCCGGCCAAGGUAGCGGUACUGCGCCCAGCAACCAAAGCUACUGCACGCGCAUCCGCGCAGCAGUUUAGGUUCUCGCUUGCAAAGGGCAGAAAGAAGAGCACACGAUGUGUGACAGCAGCAAAAUACCGUCGCUUCGGGAACAAAUUUCCGAGGACUGCUACACCGAGGCCUUCGUCGUGAAAACGCCAAGAUGCGGAAGCUUAAAUGUACACGUGCAGGGUGACCUUUCCACUAUGAACCCAAGAAAACCAAUCUUUCUGACUGUGCACGAUGUGGGCGCAACUUAUUUGGACUUUGUUCAGUUUGCAGCUCAUCCUUGCAUGACACGUGUUUGUGAGAAGGCCGUCUUUCUUCACAUUGAAGUUCCUGGGCAGGCAUACAAUGCUCCAGACCUAUCAGAAGACUACAAGUUUCCAUCCAUGGAUGAUCUUGCUCAGGAUAUGGCCGAUGUGUUGCACUACUUCAAGGUUCCAUACUGCGUUGCACUUGGUGAAGGAGCAGGGGCAAACAUCCUUGCCAGAUUUACGAUGAAUUGUCCAGAGCUUGUUUUGGGAUCCAUUCUGAUUCACUGCUCUUGUACAGAAGCAAGCUUGGUGGAGCUCUUCAAUUACCAGGUUGUCUACUGGUAUCAAGGUGGCAAGAAAUCUGGUCCACCACCUAUGGAACACUUCCUUGUGUUUCACAAGUUUGGCAAGGUGCUUUCUAAGCUGCUGGAACAAAGUGGACUUUCACAGCUUGUGCAGAACACGGAUGAAACAUCUGGUAAAGUGGCUCAGGGAAGCUCUGCACUUAGCUAUGCCGAGAGCGUGAGGCAAAAUGUCAACAGAAAGAACUCAAGUUUCUACAUACAAGCUUACCUCACCCGAAGUGACAUCUCAGGCUCCUUGAAGAAAAAUUUAAAAACUGACAUACUGCUGGUGACAAGCAGUACACAAGUGCAUGCAGACAUGACGCAGAACAUGUACAGCAAAAUUGAUCCUGCAAAGGCUGCCUUGCUCAAACUUGAUGAUGUUGAAGACAUCCUCAGUGAUGCACCCGAGAAGCUUGCAUACAGCCUUGUCUUAUUCUGCCAAGGCUUAGGCUUACUGAGCUCGUUGCCGAUAACCACACUGACGUCCCUCCUGAAAUAGACGGAAGCACCUGGAUUUUGCCAACAAGCAAGAUGCUUUGCUGGGCAAGUUGGUGCGGACAUGAUGAGUAGUAGUGAAAAAAGAAAAAUUGGGAAAGAAGGGUUCUUGUACCGCUAGUCCUGUUGCCCUUCUUUCCUCAUUUUUUGCUUCAUUUUUCACGCUACUGUCCAUCAUUUGCCAACAAGUUUUGUGUGCACUCUAGCUGUUUGGAGCAUUUCGCAGGAGGUGCUGGUGUUAUUCAAGGAUGUUUGUCACCAUGUUAACUCGCAAUUGUUCUUCGUACAUAAAUGUUUUGAAGUAAUGAGGGCUGUGAGCAACAGGGAAACUUUAUACUUGAUCAGUGAAUUAUGCUUACUGCAGUGUAUGCUAAGCAACUCAGUUUCAUUGUUUGGCUUUAUGGAGCAAGUGACUCCGUUAAUACUUAUUCACCAAAAGUGCUUUUGAUUUUGCUUGUGUAGCUAGAAGGUUUCGUCUCUUCGUAUGCUAGGCAUUGAAUACUUGCAGGGAUGUUAAUGUAAUGAGAGCUCAUUACAUUUGAAGGUUACAAGCACCUAUUAGACAGCAUGCAGACAUUUCUACUUGGAUCACACUCGGCAUAAAAGAAAAAAAUGGCUUUGUUCUGCAUUGUACUAUAUAUUAGCACAAAAGCAUACUAAGCUAGCACUAUCUGAGCCCGCACUAACAUCAGAGGCUACAAAGGACACAGUGUACAAUGUUUUCAGACACACUAGAUGAAAGAGUUGACUGUUGGGUGAGUUGGCGUUUUGACAGAGAAAAAACCACUGUAAGUAGAGCAGUUAGACAGGACACACAGCAAGGAACAGACGAGCGCAGGCGCCUAUGCUCGCCUGUUCCUUGCUGUGUGUCCAGUCUAGUUGCGCUAAUUGCGAUGGUUUCUAUGAUACUGGAUGAAACUGUCGGCAUUAGCAUUUUGGAACACUUCACAACUGUACAGCACAGCAACAUAACACUUAAGGGCCUAGUACGUAGUAGUGGUGCAUAUUUUGUGGUAGUAGAAUUGUGUUAUUUUUUCGAGGAGUUUCUUCUUGUGCAACUCUUUUCCCAAUUAAAAUAUUUUAUGCUUUCGCAGUACGCACAAGUUACCUGCAUUCCCUUGUGCACCAUCCAAAUGAGUGCACUGCAAUAGUGAUAUGUGUGACUGCAAUUUCUGCAAAGGGCCACUUCCAGGCCCCAGCAACAUGUUAAUGAAAUAAAUAUGCAUAAGACCAAAA